AUGCCAAUCACAGGGGUGUACUUCAUCCCCUCCAACCCUAAUGCCUCAACAGCCCUCCCCCAAAUAACAGAGCGUCUACGGACAGCCUUCCCAGACGAAGAAUUAACCCCAAUCGGGCGCUGGGGCUUAGAACAAAAGCUGCUACGUGAUACACCGGGUCUCAUCCCCCCUCAGAAUACCAAGCCGCCUAUCCCACGGUACAUGCAAUUUCUUUCAUUGACGCAUUACCCCACUCAUGGCUUUGUCUACACUUCCGAGCCAGAGAAGGAACCUCCAACAGGCCAGCCUUUACCAAUGGUGAUGACGGUCAUUCCGCCCCCGGCAUAUGCCACGCUCUUCCAGCAUUUCACGUACGCGUGCCAGCCAUUCUGGACUCACCGGUUGACCCUGGCUGUUCCCAACGGGGUGGUUUACGAUGUGGGUGACUUCCGGGUGCGUCUGGGAGAUGUUCGGCAGACAUUCCCUACUGCGCGGGUGCGUGGUACCGUGGUUGAAAUUGAGUGGAGGGGGCCCUCGGUUGUGGAGGGUGGCUUUGCAGGGAUCCAGGAGGAAGAUGUUGAUGCCGAGUAUGCCGCGACGGCGGAGUUGAUCAGGGAACUUUGGGGGAGGUUGGGGAUCCAGGGCCGAGAGGCAAUCCUUGUCCCUGGCGUUGGGAAAGAGGUCAAGGAUAGGCUGAAGGGGAAUGGUGAGGAUUCCGCUGGGACGGACGUUGCCAGACAGUUUAUGGAGGUUCUGAGGUUUAAUCGGUAA